CAAAGCUGGAAUUUUGCAGUCUCUCUCCGUUUGCACAGUUGCAAUGACCACAGGCUUUUCUAAAGGGGGUUGCAAAUGAAGCGCCGUAAAGGAAAGCACCGUCACUGAACAUUUAAAACUUGUGACAGUUGUCGCGGAAGGGAGUGGAAGAGAACCAGUGGCUCAUACAACUUCAUGCACUGUUGAACUUUCACUAAUAGUUAUUUGUAUUAACUUUGGAUUUGGACUAGUUGGUUUAUUCUAUCGCUGUAUUAAUGUUUUCCAAUGACUUCUCCAUAAGAAGCUAUGGGAUCGGCUAGUUCAGCUAACAACUGUUCACUGGCAGGACAUGUAAACUGUACUAACACGACCGAAGCGCCUGGGGAGGAGUGGAUGGUGGGCAUGGGUAUGGUGAUGGCUCUUAUUGUCUUAGGUAUCGUGUUUGGAAAUGUGCUGGUGAUUACGGCAAUAACAAGAUUCCAGCGACUUCAGACUGUAACAAACUCUUUUAUUACUUCAUUAGCGUGUGCAGAUCUGGUUAUGGGUCUCAUUGUAGUGCCGUUGGGCGGCAGCACGGUUAUCCUAAAAUCCUGGAAGUUUGGCAAUUUCUUAUGCGAAUUCUGGGCUUCUGUGGAUGUGCUUUGCGUGACUGCUAGUAUAGAGACCCUCUGUGUAAUCGCCAUUGACAGGUACGUGGCCAUCACCUCACCAUUCAGGUACCAGUCUAUAAUGACAAAGUGUAAAGCUAGAAUUUUGGUACUGGUGGUUUGGAUUGUCGCUGCACUGAUCUCAUUUCUACCCAUCCACAUGCACUGGUACCGAUCCAAGGAGCCUAACGCCAUCCUAUGUUACCAAAAUGAACAGUGUUGUGACUUUUUUGCCAAUACAGGCUACGCUAUCAUAUCCUCCAUCAUUUCCUUCUAUAUUCCCUUGGUGGUAAUGGUAUUCGUGUACUCAAGAGUCUUUCUGGAAGCUAGAAAACAGCUAAAAAAGAUUGACAAGUGCGAGGGAAGGUUUUACAAUAAUCACGACAGUCAGCAACAAGCGAACAAAGUGGAUGGUAAAAAUGGCAAGUCUGGAAGCAGAAGGGUCUCCAGAUUCUGUUUGAAGGAGCACAAAGCACUUAAGACACUGGGACUCAUCAUGGGGACAUUCAUCCUUUGCUGGCUUCCGUUUUUUAUUUUUAACAUUUUGCAGGUUAUAUUUAGUGAGCUAGAGAACAGUGUAGUUUACAUACUUUUGAAUUGGCUGGGCUAUAUCAACUCGGCCUUUAACCCCCUGAUUUACUCUAGGAGUCCGGACUUCAGACAUGCCUUUCAGGAAUUGCUUUGCUUUCUAAAGAAGCGGACCUCUCCAAUCAAUUUAAGCUACAAUGGCAACUCUCAACAAGGCAACGCCAGUACUGGCAUUGCCAUUUAUCAAGAGGAUUAUCAGUUGGCGAGUGACCCCUUGAACCAUUUGCCCCCCUUCCAGACAGACAACAUGGUCGACGAGCUGUUACUAACCAGCAAAGACAACAUGUUGAAUGGUGGCAACAUAGAUGCCAAUGGGAAUACCCCACCUAGUUCCACCAGUUCUGCCAUCUAAGGAGUUGCGUAGCACAGAGAGCACUUUUACUAAACUUAUCUCAGGAAAGCAGCUAACCAUUUUGUUUUUGUAUUUUUAUUAACUGAUGCACCACGACAUUUCUGUAUACCGCAGGAGCUGUUGCUGCAAUUUGAAUAAAGCUCCAUUUUUUAA